AUGUCUCUAACACCUAAACGACCAAUAGACGAUACAGAAGCAACAUUAAAGAUCCUUCUUGUCGGCAACUCGAAUGUCGGCAAAUCUUCUUUACUGCUGAGGUUCACUGAAGAUCAAUUCCUGUCUGACGAAGUGUCUGCUACUAUAGGAGUCGACUUUAAAGUGAAAAUAAUAUCACUCAAUAAUAAGAAAUACAAAUUAACGAUUUGGGACACGGCGGGACAAGAGAGAUUCCGGACACUUACGUCAACAUAUUAUCGAGGUGCACAGGGAGUCAUUCUAGUUUACGAUGUAAGCAAUCGAGAGACUUUCGAACAAUUGAACAACUGGCUCGUUGAACUGAGUACAUAUUGUCCUAGAACAGAUAUAGUCAAGAUAAUCGUUGGCAACAAAGUUGAUCAAGAACACAUACGUGUUAUUUCCAGAAAGGAAGGUGAAGCGUAUGCACACAAAACAAACGCCUUGUUCACUGAAUGCAGUGCUAAAACACGUGUUGGAGUGGAAGAAGUAUUUGAGCAACUCGUACAAAAAAUUCUGGAUACUCCCGACCUAUUACCACGAAAGACCUCUACAAUCCAGAACGGCGUAAAUCUAUCGCAGGCAAAGCCUCAACCGAGUGCUGCCAAUUGUACAUGUUAG